AAUGCUUAAAUCACGCCAUGUACUCCAGUGCUAUGUAGGUUCGUUAAAAGUGCCAGUGCAAAGUUAAAAUUCGAAUUUGUGGUGGAGAUAAAAAGUUACGUACGUAAUACUUUGUGCGACCGUGUUCAGUGAAUUAGUGCCACAUUAAAAGGAUUGAGAGAUUGACUACAGACUAGCACAGGAGACGGGGAGCACGGAUAAGAGCAAUGGUAUGAAGGAACCGGGAUCACCUGAGGAACUGUUGGGGGAAGGGGUGGAGCUGACUUUGGGCGAGUUGCGCGCGAUGGCGCUGCGCCAACAGCAGCAGAUCGACACGCAACACCAGCUGCUCUGCGCCAAGGAGCAGCGGCUGCGGUACCUCAAGCAGCAGGAGGCUAGGCAACAUCAGGUGGCGGUCGAGGGCGAGCGGCUACGGCGGCUACGCGAGCGCGUAGAGGCGCAAGAGUUGAAGCUACGCCGGCUACGAGCGUUACGAGGACAGCUCGACAGAAACAAGCAAGCGAAUAUCGCAUUAACGAGUGACCUAGAAUCAAUACGAGCGCUUUUCAAUGAGAAGGAGAAGGAGUUAUCAGUGGCGGUGGCCAAAGUGGAGGAGCUAACAAGGCAGCUGGAGGAGUUGAGGAGAGGAAGAGUACAACCAGCUCCACCAUCAGCGCAUGAGCUCGACAAGCUGCGACGGGAGUUGAUGUACCGCAACAAGCUGAAUGAACAACAGAACGGCAGGCUGUCAGCGCAGCGGGCAGCGCUGGGUGCGCGACAGGAGGAGAUGCGAAGUAUCGACCGCCGAGUCUCUGAGCUGCAGGCUCGGUUGCUGAGGAAGAGAGCUCUGAACAGGCAACUAGCGGCUGCACAUCGACAGCCACAACAGCAGAGAACGUCAAAUCCCCCGCCCAUGCAACAGUUACCCAGCUACUCAGCUGGUAAUAAUGUGGUAAAUAGUCAACCAAAGAACCAACAAGCCAGAGGAAAUGUUGCUGCAGUGGAACCUUACAAUCAUGUACCACAUGCUCAGAGCGUUAGUCAUAAUGCCAAUUUCCAGGCAAUGAAGCAGAAUGUUCUACAAAACAACGUGCCAUUAAAACAACACACACAAAGUGACAACAUACAGAGCCAUUUAACGCAGGAAGCUCAUUACUUGCAGCAAAAACAAAUGAUUAACCCGUUAUUCAACGGCUACACUCAUUCGCAGGGGCUACAAGAGAAUCAAUAUCCGGGGCAAUAUCCAAACAAACAUGAGAACUUUAGUCACGUUCAGCAAGGCAUCGGCAACGCUUACGAUCAGAAGGCAAUGCUCGAUCAAAAACAAUAUAUGGACUAUCUAAAACAACCACAAUACAGUCCGAAUAGCACCAGCAGUUCGAAUAGCAACCAAACAAACAAAGAUCUGAAAAUUAACGAGCAAGAAUUCCUCCCAGAAUUUGCAGCAAGUAAAUCAGAUCCUAAAUAUCAAACAUUGCCUUACAAUACAAAAUUCCCACAGAGUACAAACGGGAAAUUAAAACCUGAAGUUAAUGGCAAAAACAACGAAAACCAAGAUGCGAAAAACGCUAUCAAUGUAAAUCACAUGACUGUACAUUCUACGCCACUUUCGGUUGUGAACAAAAGUCUAGCGACACCUCUAAGUCAAACGGAAACUACAUAUCAGCAGGAAAACACAUAUCAGUUGCAAAAAUCUGACUCUUCUAGUAGAUGUAAUCAAGAAGGGAAGGAGAACCAGGCAUAUCCACAGAAUAGGCUAAGUCAGAAUAAUAGUCAGAACAAUGAAGCUUCAAAAGGCAACGGGAAAGGUCAGCAGGUGUUAAAAGGCAGCUCACCCAGUUUGGGGUCUAGUACAACAUCUGCUAGCAGUUCUAUUGGAUUUGGGAUCGUUAGGAACACGGCGUCAGGACUGUCUACCAGUACGGGAAGUUCGUUCACCGGCCAGAAUGCAUCGUCACAGAGUAUCUUGCUGUCACCGCCUCAAAGUGCUAGCACGCCACUCUCCACGCCAGAUGUUAGCGGUACAGACAAAUCCCCUAAACCAGCCCUACCUCCAAAACCCACCAUCAAGACACCACCGAGACAGUCAGUGAACACCGAAGUUGGCUUCAACCAGUCUACUGACAACAUAACACCUAUGCCCACCAUACCCUUGCCCUCAGACUUGUCAAACGACAGCGACCAACAAAACCAGAAAGAUACAGUCAGCAGUACUAGUAGCAACGAUAUGAUCAUUAAAGCGCGCCCACUGACCAUUAGAAAACCACCGAUGAGUGAGCAGCCUAAGCUUAGAAAUGUUAAUAACACUAAGAAUGGUAUAAGUGUUAGCAUAAAUCGACGUAUAGAGAUGCCGCCAGCGUUUUUAUUCCCCGAAAUGGAUCACUUAGUCGAUUCAACGCCUAAUGAAAACGGCCUAAAAGAUAAGAAACAAAAAGACGAAGUUGAUAGAGCGCUGAAUAACAAUAACAUAUCGAUAGGACAGGAUGAUAGUAAGGAUAUUGUUGUGUCGGAUAUUACGGAGCAGAUCAGUUCAGUUGACUUAAACGGUCAGGAUUCUCAGGGUACUGAGAAUGUUCUGAGGCGAAAGAAGGGUAACUUGAAGCAAGGAGGCAAAGCUCCGCUGGCCAGGCGGGUUAGCUUCGAUCCCCUCGCGCUGCUGUUGGAUGCUAGUUUAGAAGGCGAGUUGGAACUCGUUAAGAAAACGGCAACACAGGUGCAGAAUGCAAGCGCUGCAAAUGACGAAGGGAUCACUGCUCUACACAAUGCGAUCUGCGCUGGGCACUUCGAAAUCGUCAAAUUCCUAGUGGAGUUAGGUUGUGAUGUAAACGCGCAGGACUCCGAUGGCUGGACGCCACUGCACUGCGCCGCAUCAUGCAACAAUCUGGCUAUGGUCCGCUUUCUCGUCGAUAAUGGUGCCUGUAUAUUCGCAACGACGCUGUCUGAUCACGAGACGGCGGCUGAGAAGUGCGAAGAAGACGAGGAGGGGUUCGACGGAUGCUCGGAGUAUCUUUACAGUGUACAAGAAAAACUAGGCAUAAUGAACAACGGGCUGGUGUACGCGGUGUUCUCGUACAGUGCAGCGCGCAACGACGAGCUCUCAUUCGAGACGGGUGCACGGCUGCAAGUGCUGCGUAAAGGAGAUGAUAAUGAAAGAGAAUGGUGGUGGUGCCGGGACGACCAGGCGACUGAGGGAUACGUGCCUAGGAACUUGCUUGGGUUAUAUCCACGAGUAACCACACAGCAAGAUUAAAUUCUUGAACGAUGACCUGAUUAAUUUGUAAAUAUCUAUUAGUUACUUUUAUUUUUUAUGUAUUUAUAUCACUGUAAUCUAAAAGUAACGACGCUGUAUACAAUUUUAUCAAAUCUAAUAUUUUGUAAAUAUUUAACUGUAUAAGUCAAAUGAAUGAGAUUAUAUUGUACAUUUUAUAAAUAUUUUGAGUCAUCA